AUGACAUCCUCAGCAGAAAAAGCUCAAUUGCUUACUCCCGCCGCCGUUCAAGCCGCGUACAGCCUCAUCCAACCCUACGUCCAUCGCACCCCACUCUUGACAUGCAAAACCCUUGACACGAUCGCAUCCACCCCGCAGACACCAGAAGCCCUCGUCGGCACACCAUUCGAGGGAAACCAUGCGCAAGCCCUCGCCCUCGCCGCGUCGACGCUCAACGUUCCAGCUUAUAUCGUGAUGCCGAGCAUCAGCACCCCGUCCAAGAUCGCAGGCACACGCUCUCACGGCGCAGAGGUCAUUUUCAGCGGAUCAACGAGUGUCGAGCGUGAGGCGGUGGUUGCAGAGAUCCAGGCUAAAACAAAUGCUAUCCUGGUACCUCCAUAUGAUGAUUUCAAUAUCAUCUGCGGACAGGGAACAACGGCGCUGGAGCUAGAGGCUCAGUAUACAGAGCAAGCUGGGACUAAGACUCUGGGUGCAGUCAUCACUCCGAUUGGUGGAGGUGGACUCAACGCUGGCGUGGCAACGUACUUCUCGGAUAAGCAGACGAAAGUGUUUGGUGCGGAACCCAGCUUCCAGGGCGCGGAUGACUGUCGUCGGGGGCUGUUGGCUGGCAAGCGUGUCGAGGCGGUGUCAACGUUGACUAUUGGAGACGGUCUACGUACACCCGUGGGAGUGCUGAACUGGGAGGUGAUCUCCAAUAAGAAGAAGGUUGAGGGGGUAUAUGCGGUCACCGAGGAGCAGAUCAAGGCGGCCAUGCGCCUGGUAUUGGAACGCAUGAAGGUCUUUGUUGAGCCAAGCGCUGUCGUCGGACUGGCUGUGUGCCUCUUCGAUGAAGAUUUCCGACGACUCGUCGAACAAGAAGGCGGCGAUCAGGGAUGGGACGUGGCUAUUGUGUUCAGCGGUGGUAAUACCACCGUCGAGGCGAUCGGCAAGUUGUUUGGCUGA